AAGUACUCACUCUACUUCCUCCCUCUAGGGUCAUGUGAUACGUGCUGCCUGUGGAUACUGCCUGGCAGCUGGACAGCACUGAAGUUGUCUCAAGUCAAAAGUGUGUACUUCUGUGAUACUCUUGGUUUUUAAGAAAACCCUACCAUGGCGGAACUAGCUUUUGUGAUCACCAUGUCUGUGGUGACUCUGUUCUGGGGCAUUAUUGGAGGGGUAGUGCCCUGGUUUAUCCCUAAAGGACCAAACAGAGGAGUGAUAGUCACAAUGCUGGUGUUAACUGCAGUUUGCUGCUACCUUUUCUGGUUGAUAGCAAUACUGGCGCAGCUGAACCCACUUUUUGGGCCGGCUCUGUCCAGCGACACCAUCUGGUACCUGAACUAUCACUGGCCUUAAUUUGCUCUUCCAGGACUCCUGACCCUGCAGCAGGGGAGGACCUGACCUGCUGCAUACCAAUGGAUGUUUGCUUCUCUCUUCAUGCUGAGAUCAUUACUUCUGAAUUGCCUUAAACUCAGACCUUCACCUAUCGUUUUGGUUUAUAUAUUAUGUAAAUUGUGUUUAUUGUUAUUGUUGAGUGACCGUGCCUUCAAGUAGUUGGUGUGUUUGAUGUGAACUAUUUUUGUUAAUAAUAUUAGUGAUGGAUGUAAUCUAUUUAAUAGUUGUUAAAUAAUAAACUAAUAAUCAACACCA